AUGCAAACCAAAGAAGCAAACAAGUCAUUCGUUGUAGAUUCAAAAUACAAAAACCGUGGAAGAAAAAGAGUGGUGGUACCACCAAACAUACUUGAGUCUAAACCAAUGGGCAACCAUACGUGUAUUAGAGAUGUGCCAAGUUUUUUAGACGUAGCACCAUCAACGGUUUGGAGGUUGAUAAAAAGAGGAGAAAUAAAGGCACAUUCAAAUCCAUUACACCCGGCUUUGACCGACGCCAACAAAAUAAGAAGGGUGGAGUGGAUAUUGAGCCUUAUCCAAGAGGACACCAUUCAAAGACAUCCAAUAUACAAGGUCAUAUACGAUUUCAUUCACAUCGACGAGAAGUGGUUCCAUCUAACCAAAAAAACCCAAAGAGUUUAUCUUUCACACAAAGAAAAGAUCCCGUAUAGGGCAGCAAAAUCAUCAAAAUUCAUACCUAAGGCCAUGUUCUUAGGGGUAGUUGCAAGGCCUAGAUGGAAUCGAUAUGGGCAAUGUAUAUUUUAUGGGAAAAUAGGUAUAUUCCCUUUCAUUAAUAGGGUGGCAGCACAUAGGGACUCAAAAAAUCGACCAAGGGGGGCUAUAGAAAUAAAACCAAUCGAGUCAAUUACUCAAGAUGUGUAUAGGAAUAUGCUUAUACAACAACUCAUUCCAGCCAUACUAAGAAAGUGGCCAAGUGGAUGUCCUUUACUUAUUUUUAUUCAACAAGAUAAUGCAAGAGUUCAUAUCACAAACGAUGAUCCGAUUUGGCAACAACACAAUAGGCAAGGUGGAUUAACAUUCAUUUUUACACAACAAACUCCAAAUAGUCUGGAUUGUAACAUUCUUGAUUUGGGUUUCUUUAGAAGCAUACAAUCAUUAAUGCAUAAAAAGAUGCCCAAAAACAUGACAGAGUUGAUAACAACAGUCGAAGAUGCAUUCGGAGAGUUACAUCCAAAGACUUUCACAAAUGUAUGGAUCUCAUUACAACACCAUUUAAAUGAGAUUCUAAAGGUUAAAGGAUGUAAUGACUACAUACAACCACACUUUGGAAAGAAGGUACAAGAGGACAACGGGAGGUUAAGGAUUCAAGUAAGAAUACCAGCACAAUUGGUUAGAGAAGCUGUUGCUUUUCUUAACCCAAACAGAGAUCCUCAAGCAACACAAGCAGUAACAGAGAAUGAGGAUGUUGCACAAACUCCACAAAUAAUUCAUGAAGCAUAUGAAGAAGCAAUUGAAGAAAUUCAAGGAUGA